AUGGCCAAAAACAACUCUCUAAACAAGACCACAGCAAGGAAUCAUAGACGAAGCCGCACCAAAUUCACAGAAGACCAGUUGAAAAUCUUCAUGAAAGCAUUCAAUCAAAAACCUUACCCAGGUUAUGCUACCAAACAAAAGCUUGCUUUAGAAACCAAUACUGAAGAGUCUAGAAUCCAGAUUUGGUUUCAGAAUCCAAGAGCUAGGCACGAAGUUCAGAAAAGAUCAGAACCUGAGAAGGACUUAGAAGCAAGCCAAGACCAAGAUCACCCUGAAGAGAAGAUUCAUGGUAGAGAAGAUAGACGGUGUCAUACCAGCUAUACUUCCUCUCAGUUACACACCCUCAUCACAGCAUUUACAAACAAUCCUUAUCCUGGGAUUGAUUCCAGAGAGCAACUUGCUAAGGAAAUUGGGGUUCCAGAGUCAAGAGUCCAAAUUUGGUUUCAAAAUCAAAGAUCUAGGUUCCAUGUCCAGAAAAAAAGAGAACUUGAUGAGCCUUUAGAACAGAAACAAGACCAGGAACAAAAUCUCUGCGACGAGGGAGUUUAA